GCUUUUUGGUGAACUUCAGUGUUCCAGCUAGAGUUUAGACAUGUAUAUUCAUGUAGAGAGGCAUUCUUAUGUUUCAGUCUGAGCAGCCCCCUUAUCAGAAAUGUGCAAAAUACUUUCUCUCUCUAAAACUGAUACUGGUGCUAAUCUCAAAUCAGACAGACUCAAGAGCAAAACCAGACAAUGGUUUUCAAAGAGUGUCUGGAGCAGAGCUGGACUGGGUCUAAAUUCCAGGAAUUCACCCGGCUAUAGCUGUCUGACCAGCUCUCUGUGGCUCUUGGAUUAAUAAAGCCAACAUUGUGCCGUGUUCACACGCUGCCCAUGGUACAGAAGCAUAGUCUGCAAAGGAGCAAACUCAGAUCAGAACAGAAACAAGCUACUGGUGGCCUAACACCUGAGUCAGUGAUGCUAUUCCCAAAGAUCAGGUAUCGCACUAAAGAUGUAAUACAUGUUUAAAUCUGAAGCUGAGGCGAUAACUGUGCUGUACCGACUACAUGACUACAUCUGAAAUUCCAGUGUCCAGUCUGCACCUCCUCCCCACCCUCUCGUUUCUCUUUGUCUCAUCUCCUGCUCUGCACAAAGUAAACACUCCACAUACAGCCCAGGUAACUGCGCCUCAACAUGUGCAAACAAACCAAGAUUGACUAAAAUGCUGGCUGUCAUGCAUGUCUAAUUCAAAGGGAGUGUUAUUGACCCGACAUCUGUCCCUACAACAGCUCGUCCACACAGCAGUGAACACAGUCAGGAUGAGAGUGCAGGUGAGCAGGUGUACAAAGAUGAAUCCUCUCUGACAGUGACAUCGUAUACGACAGUAGGAGUUUUUUUUAGAUUACAUAAUGACUCAGACAGAAGAAACUUAAAGAUGUCUGCACAGCCACACUUAAUGAGCAUUUCAACCCGCAACAGAGGGGCUGAGAAAUUUUCCAAGGUUAUGAAAAGCUCAUUAACCACCAACACUCUCUUCGGUGUGUUUGUGUUUCUUGAGUGCUCUGCUGAGAAGCCCACGUGGCCGCCGCUUUGUGCAGCAAGUGCAGGAAACACGAGGGUAAAUUGGGAGGUAUUUAACCACUUAAAGGCACACUUCUCCAAUUUUACACAUCCACAUGAAUGGAUUAGUCUCCAGGAAGACUCCUUCCCUGCCUGUAAAAGCGAUCGUGUCGAGUCUUCUCCUGCAGUGAGGAUCUGUGUUGAUAGUGUCAGUGGCACAUUUUGAAUUAAACAAAACGAUCACAAGCAGAUGGUGUGAAAUUUUAAACAGAUUUCCAUUUGCAUAACAAAGCGUGGCGAGAUUUAAUUAACAGAAGACGCUGGAUUUGGCCGUUCUAUCAGAAGAUUUUGAUUCUGGUUUUAAAGAAUUAAAGCUUUGUUGAUAUUCAUCUGCUUGUUGAAAUCCCUCUUUAUGUAAAAAAGAAGUGUAGUGUCAGUUUCUCAGUUGCUGCAUUAGUUUAGUUUUGCUCAGAGUAAUUCAGAGUCAAAUGGUUUUUCACAUCUCUUAUUUUUCACCUAACCACAAAAAGCCCAGCCCUGCCUCGCUGUCACCUGCUAGAAUCCUGCUAGAUGACCACGAGCGAUUUAAUACCCUCAGGUUGGUCUGCGCCAUCUUCUCAGUGGUCGCCAGUUCAUGUAAAGUGAAGUGAAUGAGCAAACAAACGAGGGUGGGCUUAAACUGUGCAAACAUAUCAGGUGACUACAACCUGAAACACCUCGAUUUUCUACAUUUGCUCGGUUAAAAACCUUCAUCCCGCUCUCAGGCAGAUGGCUCAGUCCAUUUGCAUUAGUUAGGAUGGCUGCUCAGGGGUGUAAGCAGAACACUUUCAGAGUUUCCUGGAAACAGGGUCAAUACUGAGCUGUUCUAUUUCGCGAUGGACGAGUUGCAGCUCUGUGAUAUAACUGACAGAAGGUAUUUGAUUAUUUGUUCAGAGUUUUUAAUCCCCCCUUAAUUCCAGCGGUCAAGCAGGAAGGCAUCAAAAAGGAGUUUGUAUCAGAGUUUGGCACCAACAGAGGGGAGAGAUAUCGUCUCAAGGAUCUAGAGAGAGAAAGUGCGUAGACCUGUGCUGCCAGAUAAGUCUUAAACUGAGAUAAUUUUGUCAUACACAUAUUUAUGAGAAGUACAAAUUUAUUAACCGGAAUGAACAGGGAAGGAAACAGGUCCUAUUUUUGCUUUGGUGACUAUGGGCUAAAAGAAAGGGUCAUAAUUUGUCCUGAAUUCUCACUUCCUAAAUCUCUCUCCGAUUGUCACCUAAGGCACCGGAGCCAUAGAGGAAAACCCCAAAACUAGAAACAGGAAAUGACUAUUGAAUACUGUUGCCUGUCUGAAUUGUGGGCCUUCAAAACCUCAUGAUCAUGUUCUGGACACGUCAGCUCAUAAAUAAGAGCAUGUGGCCUAGUUACUUUGAAGCUUAAGAAAUGAAUUUGCAAAACUCAAAAAGAUGUGGAAAGAGAUUUAAAUUUUCAAAGUGAAAACCUAAAGCCAGUUCCUUUAUUCAGUGAAGUGAGGUACCUUUUGUCACACCAGUGCAGUGUAGUGUGCUAAAGUUUACUAAAUCAUACCUCUCACUUUCUGUUUUGCCAGUGUGUAUCACUUCAGCCAUCUGUCAGCUUUUCAUAUCUUAAUCUGAGCCAACUCCUUUUUCUGUAGAUGCAACUGAUUCCACAAAUUGCUUUGGGUGGAACAUUAUAAACCAAGAAAACUCUCCCAGUACAACAAAUCUGCAAGGCCUUCAUUACGGCAAACUAGCAGAGCAUCUCCUGGGAGAUGGAAAAGCCGCAACUCCACUGGUUUGGCCUUUUCUGAUUCAUGCAGUGCCUAACCUCACUUCUCAGUUGAAUAGUUUGUGUAAAAUGUAAAUAUUGACCUUGAUUUCCAAAUAAAGGAACAAGCAAAGAUAAGAGAGUCUUUGUUUCCUAAUCCACGGGAUAGGAUAUAAUUCAUAAACCACAUUCCUUGCUGAGGUUUAUCUUGUGAGUCAUUGUCAUCAAGCUGGUGGGUAUGGCAUCCAAUCACGUGCUGCUGACUCACUCACAAAGUAUGAAUCACAAGCCAUUGCAAACAAUGUUUCAAGGCUCGUGUCGUCCUGAGAAUUUGAAUGUGUACCAUCACAUCUUCAGAGGAUUCACCUCAGCCAAAAAAAGACUCUCACUGUAUUCAUGAAUGCAGCUGCAAACCGUAAGCCAAAAGUUCGUCAUGAACCCCCUGACACAUCAGACUAAUGCCAGAUAUCUACUCUCAGCUAUUUCCUAAUGCUGGAGCUUCACAUCCUGUAACCUGGGCCUUCAGCACUUUUCAGAUCCAGUCCAGUGGUAUCAGGCUCAAUCUGAAUACAAGCAGAGUGAUUUAUCCUUCUGCAGAUAUCAGCCUGAUGAAUCAUGCACCAUCAUGAUGAGUUGGUGUUUUCUCAAAUAGUUUUAACCUGGAAAAGACUAACUGCAGUUAAGAUUGCAACUAUCAACCUAUUUUUGUACUGGAAUUGGUUACGAUGGAUGAUUUUGCAAAAGUUUGUAUAUAAGUAAGUAGUAUUCAAGCAGUUAUAGACACCAGAAAGCUAAAACUAUUCUGCUGCUCAGCUGUAGGGCACAGACAGUCAGUAGUCUGGAGCUGCCACUUCAGGGUGACAGUGGGAGGGCAUAAUAGAAAUUACUAGAAGCCCCACAUCUUCUGAGGACUGAUCUACAAUGAGUAUGAGAAUGAGAAUGGGCUAGUAUUGACUUUAUUUUGAGUCAGUGGGCAGAUAAAGAAAUUAAGUUUACACUCUCUGCCAGUUCAUUACCUUAAAUGAGUGUUUAGUCCUUGACUUUACCCCCCACCCUGACCUCUGCCGUUAUCACUACUUCACUUUCACUUGAACCACAUGCUGCGUGUUGUAUCGACAGAUAGCAGAACAAAACUAGUGGAGGUCAACUAAAAAUCCCAUUUCCCUUUAGUUAAGUUAUAUUCAGGAUUAAAAAAGUACACAUAGACCAUAGUACCACAACCAAGACAGCCAACACCGGUAUGAAAACUCCCAAGUAUGGUUUUACGGCUGACUUACUACUCAAAAAGCACCGUAGUUGGCAAGUUACCUUCAUUCCUAUCAUUGAAUUGUAUAUAUAAGAAAGUAUUUUAACAAAUUUGAAUCAAUUUUUACAGUUUCAUUGCGUUUAAUAUGCUUAUUACUGAUAGAUACGUUAUGCAGUUGAAAUUCAGCGUUUGUGGCAAUUGAAGAAAAGCGUUACAUCCGCUCGCGCCUGCCUGCCUGCCUGCCUGCCUGCGUCAUGACCGCCAGCCUACCUUCAUACCGCGCGGUCAGACGCUUCACUCAACAAGAAACAACCUGAAACAUACUUGUCGCUGCUUGAUUCACUGCUGACUCCAUCCUUCUUCAGCUGUUCGUCCAGCUCAACGGCGCCUUCAGUUUUCGCGCAGUACGAGCGGAACGGGGCGGCGAAGGGCGCGGUGCGGAGAGCCGGGCGAUGCGCAGCAGCGGCAUGGAGGCGCUUCAGUUGAGUAGACAGAGAUCUUGCAUCAACGGAGGCGGUGCCGAGGAAGCGGCGGCGGGCUGGCAACCAGGUCUUCUGUCUACAGUCGGACGAGGGACGCUUGAGGGUGGCUUCAAACAACUCCUUCAGCACUUUCGAGGACCUAAAAUGUAACAUCUCAAUCCUAUCAGUCAAUGAGAGAGAAAGUUGUGGCUCCAAUUAUAUCCGGUAGCAGCUGAAGGUGAGCGUGAGGGUCUCGAAACACGUUUACUGUCUGAGUGUCGAUGACUCACUUGUGCCGGUGUCCUAAUAUAUAUAGAAGAUCAAUGCCCGCCCCUCUGGGUUCAUUGGUGGAAUUAGUUUAGCCCCGCCUUCAUGAACAUUUUUAUGGUUCCCUAAUGGAGCGUCUAUAUGUCAAUCAACUAUUGUCACGGUUGCAUUCAAAGCGCUUGGAAAAUUCAGCCUCUCACUUUACAAGGUUGUGAAAAUCUCAUGACUAUUGCUCAUAAAUGACAGUGCUCUCAUAAAAUGAAGCACAUUCGAAUUUCCCCUUAUCUAUCUAUCUAUCUAUCUAUCUAUCUAUCUAUCUAUCUAUCUAUCUAUCUAUCUAUCUAUCUAUCUAUCUAAAUGCUUCGAUAAAGAAUGAAGCCAUAUUAUAUCUAAAUUUUUAUGUGAGAAAUUCUGUUUGUUGUGCUGCCAACUGCCUUGUCAUAUGUUUUGUAACAGUAAAAUUUGGUUUCUGUUAAAUGUAAGUUCAGAAUCAGACAUACUUUAAUAAUACCCAGGGAGAAAAGUUCCUCCCUUCAGAUGCAUAAUGCUAUAAUCUUUAUUUUGCAAGGUCCAAAUAAAGUAAAUAGAUUCAUUUUAAUAAAGAUAAAUUUCGUUUUUUUUUCUAAAUAUCACUGCAGUAAUAAUAGUCUGUAUCCAAUUGUACACUAUCACCACAACCACAAUCUGCAACAUUUUGAUAAACAAGAAUAUUAGAUUUAUUUCGACUCUCUUAUACCAAAGGGUCAGCAUGUUUACUAUCUUACUGAUAGACAGAUGGUUUGUAACUGUCCCAGAGAGAAAAUUAUCCAAUUAUGGCAGCAACAACAGCAUUAAAAUGUACAAAAUAUUACCACUUGGUGAGAGAAAUUUAAUGUCAGCAAAAACAGGAAUGAAUGGUACAAAUAAAGAAUAAAAGAGUGAAUAUUGUAAGGGAAUCAAUCAGGAAAAUAAAGUAAUAAAAUUAGGGCCAGACAAGUAUCAAUAGCUGCUUUUACUCUUGAUUUUACUGUAGGAAGGUGCUGCAAUGCAAUAAAUAGAUAUAUUAUAACAAUAGGAAUUAUUCUUUUAUUAAGGUAGACUUAUAACUGUAUAGUAACAUGCAUACAAUGUUACUAUUUGUGUUGUAUAUAGUGUAAAUACUUGUAUAUUAUCCCUUUAUUUUUACUUAUUGUACUUAUUUUUAUCUAUUAUGUACCUCCUCUUUUUACUGUAUUUGCACUGGAGUACCGUGACAAAAGCAAUUUCCCCCUGGGAUCAUUAAAGUAUUUGUGAUUCUGAGUAUAUCUAGUAUAUACGGUCUAUGUUGUCACGUUGGUUUUAUUUACCCUUAGCUUUGUCUGUCAGGCAGAUUGUACGCUCAAAGCUCCCCCGUCGAUGGGCGGUGUUAGGGAGGGCCACCGCCAUAUCUUUCGUCUGUUAUCGCGAAGGAGGCGGGAUUUUGUUCCUCACACGUGGAGGAGGAAAUACCAGACAGUCUUCACUCAGGGCAGAUUUACCCCAAACAUAAGAGCCAGCUCCCCACGUCCUCUGCCAUAGUGUUAAAGCGUCACUUCUCAGAAGUUGCCACGAAUACACACACAGCUGAAAGAUGUGGAGGUUGUUGAGCUGCACACUGUGCCUCUUUGUCUCUUCACAGAUAAGUCUAUGGUCUGUUUGGGCUGCAGCUGAUGAGCCGCAAGAAGAGGUCAAAAUAGAAGUUUUAUACAAGCCUGAGCAAUGCACCCAAAAGAGCAAGAGAGGAGAUCUGAUGAACGCGCAUUACGACGGAUACCUCGCCAAGGAUGGGACACAGUUCUACUGCAGGUUGGUACUAUUCAAGUACAAAAUCAAUGCAAAGUUUUAGGCUCUGCAGUACUUCUUAAUAGAGUCGCUUUCCGUUCUUUGCAUGAUUUAGUUACAGCCUGUACUCUACUCUCUAAUAGAUAGGAGCAUUAGGUGUUGGGAAUUGUAGUUCAUCAUAUACUAUAAGAACAAUUUCAAAAAUCCCCUCCUGGACUCAUGGUGUAUUCAGGGACAGUAGGGACAUUUUGAGGGUGAAGAAAGUCUUUAGGGAAAUAUUAAAAUGUCCACAUGCCUUCUCAAGACCUUUUGCUCUGUUUCUGUCGCAGUCGGUCGGACAAAGAUGGGCAUCCUCAGUGGUUUGUGCAGGGUGUUGGACAAAUCAUCAAGGGCCUUGACAUGGGGAUGGAGGGUAUGUGUGUUGGAGAGAAACGAAAAAUCACUGUUCCACCUGCCCUGGCCUUUGGAGAAAAGGGCAAACGUAAGUAAUCUAACAAAAAGUAAUUUUCAAAUUUACAUCAGUCUUACCCCUGUUAGUAAAUAUGUCGAUAACUUAACUCUUAAUUUUGCCGAAAGACAUACCAGGGAUUGAAAUCUUACAUUCCAAGUCUGAACCGUAAUAUAAAAACAGACACAUCAGACGCAGUUGUUGAAAAAAUAUGCAGACAGUAUUACAGUAUCAGCCAAAAUUAUAUCUGAGAAAAACUAUAUCUGCUCUUCAUCGUCUUUUAAAGUAUUAUAGUAUACUAUUUGAGGGUGAUUACCAUCUGUUUUGUGUAUUUCUGAGCUGCCUUUACGCUGUCUUUUCCUCUUUUACAGCAUUUUAGUUGAAGAGGCUUCACACCUCUUCAAGUGUUUGCUUCUCAUCCUGCCCUGGCAUGAACUGUAAGCAUGCACAAAGGUUUCAGGUCUCUACUUCAUUCACUCUUUCAUGCUCAUGAGCAACAAAUUAACGGCUAAAUAAACAUUUUGCACUAACCCUUUAAUGUUGAUCUUCCUGAAUAUGCUGUGGUAUGGUCUGAAGGUCAGGUUGACCCUGCUGGGAUUCUGGGUUUCAGAUGUCAUUACUAAAAUCCAUAAUUUGCUGAUUUUAAUUUUAUUUCCUACUUUGUGAAAACUAACACCUUUUAAGCAUGUUAUUCCUGCUGCAGCAUUUUCUCUUCUUGUCAAAUUUACUGAUCUCGUUUGAUAUUUUGGUGUCAUCACAUAUCUUGAAAAUCACCAAAAGAAGGGGGCACAAGAAACAAGGUGCAAAAUCUGAAUCCUUUCUAAUGGUCGGCAGGGGAUGAAUAAUGGCUGUGAAAAUGUUUAAAAAAUUGAGAUUAUAUGACAAGUCUACCAGAAUGUGAUCCUAAUUCUUGCCUCCUGAAUGAAUAGAUCCGGUUCCGCCCAACGCCACAGUCAUCUUUGAGGUGGAGGUCUACUCUGUGACCAGGGGACCACGCAGCAUGGAGGCUUUUGGCGAGAUGGACCUUGAUAAGGACAAGUCUCUCACAAAGGAUGAGGUGACUUUCACUUCCUACCUUCUGACCAUAAAACUAGUGCAGACAGAAAAAGGUUAGGGGUUUGUUUCGAGGUUAUAAGAUUUUGUGAACAUAUCAGGGGGCCUCAGGAUCAUGAGCUGCUCAACCCUGCUGCUCCUCUGUAUAACUGAACAGUUUGUCUAGAAGAACCUGGCCAAUGAGAGGCUGAACUAUGAUUAGAUUUAUCAUUAUUUUCACAGUCUAGAUGUGAAAUGUUCAUGUGGUUGUAGAUCAGGACCUUGUUCACAUAACUUACCCUGUAACAACAAAAUUGGAAGCUGCAAACUAGAAACUAGCUGAGGUUUUUCUUUUAGCUAAUAAUGUUCCAGUAUCAGCCAAGAGAACAAAACAUUGUGUAAAAAUGAAUUAAUCUGAAAGAAAAAACUCCUCCUGGUUGAUAACUGAUAACUUCUCGCUGCCAAACUUUCACAGCAGAACUCGAAACAGAGAGCUGAAUAUCAGCUUGGCUGUUUUUGCCACCCCUCUAAAUCAGUUAAAAACUCCUCACGUUGCCUUCGAGUAGUUAUCCACAAUAAUGAAAAAAACUAUGAUAAUAUAAAGUUAAAAAAAGGAAACCCCAAUUAUUUAACUCUUUUUGCAAAUCAAUCAUUCCUCCCUGAUUUUAGGAGAUUGGUGGCCGAGUCUUGAAAAGAGUGUUUGAGUCUGUGAGAGGCUCCAGAUGGCACAAACUGAAGACAGGAACAGUCAGACAGGAUGAGCUCUGCUGUCUUAUGUAACAGUUUUUCCAAAAAGGCUGCAGAGUUUUGUGAGCCAUCUUGUUUUUAUUCUGCAAACGUGAACCAUCUCACUAAUCUUGGAGUGGUAUCGAUAAACCUUUCCUGUCUUUUCAGGUAAGAGAGUAUCUGAAGCAUCAGUACAAAGAAAAGGAGAAGUCAAAGGAUGACCUGGAGAAGAUCAUGACUGAUAUCUUCUACAAGAACGACAAGGACAAAGACGGACUGAUUAGUGCGAAGGAGUAUAAUGUUUAUCAGCAUGAUGAGCUUUAGUGUUUGGAGUGGUCGGUUUUAUAGUGUUUUUUAGUUGUUGUGACAAAAAAAUGUAAUUACGGAAGAGGGAAAAAUGUUAUUGGAGGUUUUUAGUCUUUUUUUAACUUUCAGUCUGUUCAGGUCAUUUCAGGGCACACUAAUUCUGUUUCUCUCAAGUUUUGGGGGGCUUUUAUCCAUUUAACCAUCACAGUAAAUACAGACGUCAACUAGGAAAAGAAAGUAGGGGGAUGAUAAGUGGCAGGUAGGAGUUUCACCGACUAGUCAACUCAGUCGACUUAAAAAACUCAUGGGUGCUGUGGGUGACUCUGACUCUGACUGUGGCUCUGAUGAGGCUAAAGGCAUGUUUUGUAUUGAAAAGCCACACUGUUAACUUUUCUUCUUACGCAGAUAAACUGUGAUUUUAUACAGUGUGACGUCUCACUGUUGAGUGCAUUUGACAUUUGGGUCACAGAGUACAACCUUCAUUGUGCAUUAGUGAUUGACUUCUUAUCGCAUCUUUCUUACUCAAUUACCAAUCUAUAAGUAUUUAGAAAUUUUUGGCAACUACUAAAAGCUAGUAGUCGUAAAACCUCUUGCAGGAAGAGGAAUCAAACCUGGGCCACCCGCUUUGAGCACUAACACUUCUGUACAUUUAACCACUGAGUUAAAGCAGGUCCCUGCACUAAUAUACUUUUGCAGCACAAAGAAACAGAAAGUUGCACAAGCAGAUUGGAGUAUGGAUGUACACCACACCUGUGAAUUUCCUGCCCUCUAGUCUGCAACGUCACACCUGUGUCCAUGUCCUCAGAUCUGAAUGUAUGUCUGAAUAAAGUGACUGCAAGGACUCGUUAAAGUCCAGAAUAACAAGCAAAAAGACAGAGAAGUCUGAACAAAACACGGCUGUUUUUGUUCCACAUGCAUUCAAGUUCUGUUAACUUUUUAUUGUCAGUGAGGAUUGAGGAUGAUCCUAAUAAGAAAAAUUGAAUUUAGUUUAUUUUUUUCCAAUUAUUUCAGCCUUUAACUGAUUGGAUAACUCUAUGCAGAUUUUUGUCUAUGUUUUUUGCAUAUGUUCUGUAAUAAAAAUGUUUUUGUUUCA